AUGUCGUUGGAUGAGGCACAGAAGACAACGACAUUUACAAUAACUCCUGCUGUAGAUCAAAAAAAUACUGUUGAAGAGCUAUUCGAAAUUCCUAUAACUCAUCAUUUAUUACCUAUCUGCCUUAUGGCUCUCAUUCUACUUACUUUAUUACUAGCAUGUCUUUAUGACUGCAAAGUUAAUAGGGAUUGUUGCAGGAAACGUUCGGAGUCAGGAUCACCAUGGGCCACCAAAACCGGUAUAUACUUAUAUGAUGGUGAAACGGGUGAAUCGAGAGUAUCCGAUGGCGAACAAAUGCGAUAA